AGAGAGAGAGAGAGAGAUGGAGGCAAUUAUCAGCAGAGUCUCAACCGUUUUUCUUCCGAGACAGAUCGGUGAUUCAAGACAUUGUUUUCUCAAACCGGUAAAAACAACUGUCCGGAUUCCUUUCGCGGCGACAAUUCGAGCUUCUUCAACUGCCACCAGCAUCGACUUUGAAAUAAAGCCUGAUGUUAUUGUAGAUAGAAUGGAAUCCAGCACCAGCAAGGACAUAUUUGCUUGUCCCAUUUGUUAUGAUCCAUUGACAUGGAAUGGGGAUCCAGGUUUACCAGUGAAAUUCACACCUGGGUCUAGGUUCCAAUGCCGAACUUGCACAAAAACUUAUUUCAAUAACAAACAAUAUCUUGACUUGACAGCAGCUAGUGGUGCCAAGGAGUAUGGUGAAUCUACACCUCCUUCAACAGAACUUUUCAGGACUCCACUGGUAUCAUUUCUUUAUGAGAGGGGAUGGCGUCAAAGCUUUUCUUUCUUUGGUGGUUUUCCAGGCCCGGACAAAGAGUUUGAAAUGGCUAAAGAUUAUCUGAAGCCCGUGUUAGGUGGAAAAAUUGUUGAUGCCAGUUGUGGGAGUGGGUUAUUCUCAAGACUGUUUGCCAAAAGUGGCUUAUUUUCCUCUGUUGUUGCUCUGGACUUCUCAGAGAACAUGCUGAAGCAGUGCUAUGAUUUUAUUAAUCAGGAGAAAAGCUUCCCAAAAGAGAAUUUAAUAUUGGUCAGAGCCGAUAUCUCCAGACUUCCUUUUGUUUCAAGCUCAAUUGAUGCUGUGCAUGCCGGUGCUGCAUUGCACUGUUGGCCCUCACCAUCUGCAGCUGUAGCAGAAAUAAGUAGAGUUCUACGACCUGGAGGUGUAUUUGUAGCUACGACUUACAUCGUUGAUGGUAUUGUUGGUGCCCUUCCAGUGUCAAGGAUAUUGCGCCAGUAUAUAGGGCAAAUCUCAAGUAGCCACAUCUUUCUAUCUGAACGUGAACUGGAAGAUCUUUGCAAGGCAUGCGGGCUUGUUGGAUUUACAUGUACGAGGAAUGGACCUUUUAUCAUGAUGUCUGCAACUAAACCAACCUAAUUAUUUUGGUUUCCUUCUCUACUCUCUGCCUCAACAUUGUUACGAGGAAUGGACCUUUGUAUGUAGCAAUGUUUGUAUUUCAUGUGUAUCAAAUAUUAACUAGGAUAUCAAAAAUUAAUUUCUGUAAAAUUUUACUAAUUGAUGAUUAAUUUAAGGUACAGGUUGGUGCA